CCCCUUCUCUUCUGGAUGUGUGUAUCUCUCUCUGUCUCUCUCACUGUGUGUGUGUGUAUGUGUGUGUGUGUGUCUUCUUCCAGAUCAGAGAUAAAAUGACCUAUAGAAAUAGCUGGGAUUAUUAUUGACAUUUUACAGUCGUUUCCAAAAAUGCAAAACAAACAGCUAUCUCCAGGCAUAUAUUAAGAGGGUGUGUGUGUGCAUGUGCGUGUGUGUGUGUGUGUGUGUGUAUGUGUGUACAUUUGAUUAGGAAUUUCAAGUCAAGAUCUCUUGUUUGUUUCAUUCAGCACCAGAAGGAAAUUUCAUCUGAAAAGUAUCUGGUUUUGGAUAGAAAACAGAUUGGCCCGGCUGAGAACUGGCAUUUGGAAGUGCACUGGACAAUUAACCAGCUUUUCCUGUAGAACUUUCUUUCUGGUGACCACCUGAUUUUGCCCUGCCUAUGUAGAAGGGAGGGGGACCCACAUCAGAAGAGGAUGGGUGUUGCAGGAGGCAUGUUUCAAGAAAAUGUCUGGGUUUACAAAAAAAUGUGUUUCUUCCUAGUCCAAGAUAGUUUCUUCAUAAUUUGUGUGGUCUGAGAAAAAUGCUAUGCUUGUUAAUAAUAAUACUUUGCAGAUAAGAGGGCACUAAUAUUUGAGCACUGUAAUAUGCAAAGCAUUGUAAUUUGGUGGAGUAUGAGCAUGAUGUCUUUAGGUCCUUUCAACAAAUUUAUGAAACCAGGGUGAAGGUGAGGAUGAUAGCCAUUUGUACAAAUAAAGAUACUGAGGUUCAUAGAAGCAAAAUAAUUUGACUGUGGCCACAGGGCUAGGGAGUGGUCACAUACUCUCCAUCACAGUAUAUGUUUAUACAUGCUCUGGAGUCAACAUGAAUGGGGCCAAACAUAUAUAUACACACGCUCUUGUGCUUUUCUUAUACCGCAGGGAGUGUACUGAUUUGCCCUGCCCAAAAAAGAUCCCCUGAGAUUUCUCUUCCAAUUAUUCCCUUCCCUCUGUCCGGUCUCUUGCUGCUAUUUGAAGCAUGUUUGUGUUAAGAACAUUUAGCUAAAGCAAACCUCAUAGUCUGUGACUGACAAGAAAGCACAUGAUAAAACCAUGUCUUUGGCUUUUCCAUAUCUUGAAUUUACAAAGCAAGAAAGUGGGGGAAAAAAGUAAAAAUUCAUGUAACAUUUCCCCUACAAAGUUGUAUUAAACUGGGCAGCUUUAAAUGAGCUUUGGUGCCUCUCCCUCCCUGUUGCACAUGUGUUGAUGGGUUUUUCUCGGCAUUGGCUGUCUGAGAUUUCACAGCUCUCCGUCACCUCCGUUCUGAAGCUGGUAAUAGAAACGAGCAGUAGCACUGUGCUGUUCCUUCACUCUGGUAUUGCUCUCUACCCAGAGCCCUGUGUCUUUUCUUAAGAAGACUACCUGGCUUAUCCUCUUUCUGGGCUUUUCUGGCCAUGAGGACAUGGAGUGAAGAUUUUGGAGCUCUGUCCCCUGUGUCCUGGCAUUUAAUUAUUUCUCAAGACACGUGAGCUAAAUCUGAGUAGAAGAGCUUGGCAGAAAGGAAACCACCAGUACGGCUCCUGAGGGCCCAGUCUCUGGAAUGGUUCUACAAUAAUGUGAAGAGCCGCUUCAAGCGCUUUGGCAGUGCCAAGGUUCUGAAGAACCUGUACAGGAAGCACCGGCUGGAGAGUGGCGUGUGCUUCGACAUUCUAGGAGGAAGCCUUUUUGAGUCAAACCUGGAGAAUGAAGGAAGCAUUUCUGGCAGUGAUUCAACAUUUUAUAGGCAGUCAGAAGGACAUAGUGUGAUGGACACCUUGGCUGUGGCCCUACGGGUGGCUGAAGAGGCCAUUGAGGAAGCGAUUUCCAAAGCAGAAGCAUAUGGGGACAGCCUGGACAAGCAAAAUGAGGCCAGUUACCUGCGGGACCACAAGGAGGAGCUCACUGAGGAACUGGCCACAACAAUCCUGCAGAAGAUUAUACGAAAACAGAAGAGCAAAAGUGAGCAGCAAGUGGAAGAAGAGCCAGGAUGGCCACAUCCCCAGAGUUGCAGCACAAAGGUGGCAGAGGAGGGGACCUCAGCAUCCCCUGGAGGCCACCGUGCUCCCGCUGCCCUCUGGCGGUCCCAGUCUGCCUUUUCAAUCACUGGAGAAGAAGCCCUGAAGACCCCUCCAGUGGAGGCUGCAUCGAGGCAGCCAAGGGACCAAGGCCAACACCCGAGAGCAGAGUCUGCUCUGCCCAGCUGGAAGAGCGUGGACAGGCUGGAUGAAACAAACCUGGCCCCAGUUUUGCAGAGCCCCGACGGGAACUGGGUAGCCCUGAAGGAUGGCGCUCCACCCCCCACCCGACUACUGGCCAAACCUAAGAGCGGGACAUUUCAGGCCCUGGAGGUGGCCUCCAGUGUGGCAUCUGCCUACGAUGAGAUGGGCUCCGAUAGCGAGGAAGACUUUGACUGGAGUGAGGCCUUGAGCAAGCUGUGUCCCAGGUCCCGGGCCCUGCCCAGGAACCCCCAGCCUCAGCCCACACAGGCCCAGAGCUCUGACCAAGGCCCCAUAGCUGCCUCCCCAUCCUCCGCAAUCUCCCCCAACCCUGAGGCCAUGUGCUCUGACUCAGAGACCUCCUCUGCGGGCUCUUCCCGAGAAGUUGAGCACCAGGCCAGACUGUCCUGGUUGCAGAGGAAGGCCCCCAGGAACCCUGCAGCUGAGAAGAUGCGCCUGCAUGGAGAGCUGGACGUGAACUUCAACCCCCAGGUGGCCAGCAGGGAGACCUCGGACAGCAGCGAGCCAGAGGAGUCCCCCUACACCACAGACCGGCGGGCCAGGAGGUGGAGAAGAGCCCGACUGGGCUCAGAAGAGCCAAGCAAAGAACCAUCUUCCCCCAGCGCCCAGCUCCGGGAUCUGGACACACGUCAGGUGUCAGAUGACUUAUCAGAGACAGACAUCAGCAAUGAGGCUCGGGACCCCCGGACUCUCACAGACACCACAGAGGAGAAACGGAGAAACAGGCUGUACGAGUUAGCAAUGAAAAUGAGUGAAAAGGAGACUUCUUCAGGGGAGGAUCAGGAGUCUGAGCCCAAGACAGAAUCUGAGAACCAGAAGGAAAGUCUGUCCUCUGAAGACAACAGCCAGAGCGUCCAGGAAGAGCUAAAGAAGGAAAAAAGAGAAGCUUUAGCUGUCCACUCAGAGCUACAGCUCUUAUCCACAGUGCUUGAACAGAAGUUUUCUGCUGUUUCUCUCUGCAACAUCUCCACAGAAGUCCUGAAAGUCAUCAAUGCCACAGAGGAGUUGAUAGCAGGAUCUACAGGGCCCUGGGAGUCCCCACAAGUCCCUCCUGACAGAGAGAAGGGGACGUUUCCUCGUGGGACAGACCAAGUGAGACUGGAUGAGCAGCUGACUUCCCUGGAAGAAAAUGUAUACCUGGCAGCAGGCACUGUGUAUGGACUGGAGAGCCAGCUGACUGAGCUGGAAGAUGCCGCCCGCUGCAUCCACAGCGGCACUGAUGAGACCCAUCUGGCGGAUCUGGAGGACCAGGUGGCCACGGCUGCAGCCCAAGUCCAUCAUGCUGAACUCCAGAUUUCUGAUAUUGAGAGCCGCAUUUCAGCCCUGACCAUUGCAGGAUUAAACAUAGCACCAUGUGUGCGCUUCACAAGAAGACGGGAUCAGAAGCAAAGGACCCAGGUACAAACCAUAGAUACAUCAAGGCAGCAAAGGAGGAAACUGCCUGCUCCACCGGUGAAAGCUGAAAAAAUUGAGACAUCUUCAGUGACUACCAUUAAAACAUUUAACCACAACUUCAUUCUCCAAGGCUCCUCAACAAACAGGACUAAGGAAAGGAAAGGCCCCACCAAGGAUUUGAUGGAGCCUGCUCUGGAGUCAGCUGUGAUGUACUGACACCAUGGAAUUCCACUGCCAGUGACCCACUGCCUCCGGCCGUACACGACAGUGCCUUGACCCAACAGCCAUCGAGUACUCUAUGUAUUUCCACCUGAGGAGAAGGCCUGGGGAGGCCACAGUGCACCAUUGCACAGGGCUGUCCUGAUACCUCAUCCAGAAAGCCGUCUCAGACUUCAGCACUGCGGUCUUGCCCACUCUCUGCCUUAGGCUCCCAGGGGAAUCCAAGACAGAAAACCAAGACACUGGCUUCCAACAGCAGCGCUCCAUGUUUAAGAUACAUAUUUUCCCUGUUUGCUUUGCUACUGUAUGUUGACUUUAAGAUCUUUUUUUUAAUACAUUUGAUUCAGCUAGUAUUCCAUGUCAACAUAUGUCCAAAGGAAAACUGCUGGAGGGAGGUGGAGGGAGGAAGGUGGGAAUUAUUAUUUAAUACAUCAUUAAUGAUUAUUAAUCUCUCACAAGCAUCUUUGUCUUGCAAAUCCUAAGGGAAAGGCAAGUCCCUACAGUGAGCACUAGGGACAGUCUAAUUUGGGGAUUGCUCAACCAUCAAGACUGCUGGUCUCCCUUCAGCCACCUCCUUCCUGCUAAAAGCCUAGCCUACCACACUACCAGUCAUUCCCAUCGCUUUGCAAUCACAAGCCAUAGGAUGAGAGGUUCUGACUCACUCAUGCCAUGCCCAGGGCUAUCUGAAACAAUGUCUCAUUAAGAAUUUAGGGUUCUUCCAUGGGCUUACUGAUAGUUUCCCAAAUCUGAAGGGGAAAGGGACUUGAGAAAGACCAUCAUUGGCUCAACUUUAGGGCACUGUCCAGAAUCAACAUGAUGUGGUUUAGCAAUGAUCACAUCUAAACAAAGUUUAGGUAAAUGAAUUAUCACAGAGAAAAACCACAUGAGAAAAUUUUUGUCCUCCAAAUUUACUUCCCAAUAAAUAUUCAGCAAAGUAGUAAAAUGACCUUAAAGAUAAAAAUUAGGGAAUAGCCUUAGAAAAUUUAUAGGUAUAAAAAAUUCAAGGACAAACUGUGCAUUUAAUGGACACAAGAAUUGACUCUAACUCACUCCAUGUCCGUGGUUUCUUUGAACCCGUAGCAAAUGCAUGACUAUUUAGAGUGUUUAUAAAAGCAAAUGGAACUGAACUUUCACUCAAUUAAUUGGGCAUUAACAACCUUCUUUUAUGUUUGUUCCUGAUAUAGUCUGAAUCUUAGGAAGAAGGUAAAAGAAAGGAGGCAAGAGAAUAGUUAUGAUGAAUAUGUGUUAAGUGCCUGCUCUGAAGGAGGCAAUGUUCUUCUCAUUUGAAUCCGUAUGGCAACCUUAUUCAAUAGGUUUUCCCAUAUUUCAGAUUGAAUAACUGAAGGCCAGAGAGAUUAAUUUGCCAAAGCCACACCUUUAUGCUAAUUAUGAUUGGAAUGCAUCACAAAAGCCUAACUCUGUUGUUUCCAACCUCUACGUUAUUUUGCUGCUAUGUGCAUUUCCAGAUCUGAUUUUCUGCUGACUUGUGUGCUAUGAUCCACUCCUGAUGGGGGUCUACGUUAAUCUCCCAAUACUCCUUGCUGAUGCUGUGUUAUGUGUCAUCUAACAGAAAUGACUCCUUUGAAAUAAGUAAAUCUUUGGCUUUUUGUUCUGUUGGUGUGAUUCAGAGCAAAACAAACAAAAACAAAUUUUAAAAACACAACAAAAAAGAUUUGACUUCCAACUAGAACGUUUUAUUUAAGAGGCAUGAAAAGCAACUAUUGUUGUGUUACAGUGUUAAAAACAUUCAGUUUUCUUUGACAAAAAUGUGUACUGUGUAAGCCUUGCAAACAAAAAACAACAAAAAAGAAGCAGCAGCAGCCUGCUGUGUGGCAUCUGAACUUUUAUAAAGGUUUCCUUGUGCCAAAUAACUGCAAAGAUUUAAUUUACUAUUAAAGACCAUAAGCAUAUGUUAUAGUUCCAGAAGAAUUAUUUUGUCAUCAAGUGAUUUUGAUCUUUAGUGUCAAUAUUUAUAUUUAGAUUAAUUUUUAUAAAUGAAAAUAUUUUAAUGGUUUAAGAAAAUGAGGACAACAGGAUAAUAUCUUUGAUGACUUCUGAAAGUUAUGCUUCCCUUCAUGUUAUAUGCACAUUGCCAAGAAUUACUGUCAGGAGAAAUGAUAAGUAAAAGUCAUUUAUGAAAAUAAA